UUAAUAAAAAUUUACACGCGUCAUUAAUCCUGGUGUAAAGGCUAUUGAAGCUUCAUCUAAUGUUUCAAUUCUAAAAUAAAUCUCUAGAGCAUCAUAUAGCUCAAUAAUUCUACUUACAGCGGAAAUCAGUGACAGUCACCUGAUCUGUGAUGAAUGCAAUAAUUUGUGGGGUUUGAUGUUAAAACAUGGUUGAAAUCCUUGAAAUUCCGAAAAUCUUUCAAAACUGCGAUGCAUAUAAUUGUAUACGCUUCUUACCAACUUUUGGAUGCAUUUCUAUAUUUUCUCAUAGUAUUUUUCAAUUUUUUUUUGUUCGCCACAAACCUUUCAAAAAAUUACUAGAAAUAUGACAUUUAACAGAAGUUUUCACUAAAUCACUAGAUCUAGUGAAAUUUCAC